AUGGUCGGGUGGCGCAGUGGUAACACAGUUGCAUUAACGGAGUCGUCUGGGGCUCGAUUCCCGGAAUUGUCCGAUCACACAAGUAAACCACAACCUGCAGUGCAGGCGCAGUUCAUGUUCACUUCAUCAAACAGUUAUAUUCAGAACGAAGCUCCAAAAAACAACUCAAAGACGACAGCAUCAUCACUCAGCACAGACGACACCAUGCUCAGUUAUUUGUCGGAAGCAGAAAUCAGAAAUGUGAAUGACCUUGGCCGAUGGUUCAACACUAACCGAAGUUUGACUGUAGUAACUGCUUUCUUCGACAUUGGAAACUAUCCCCGAGGGAGCAAAUCUUCACGAGGACCAGACAAGUACAAACAAUGGAUACGGGUGUUUGCCUGGAUACAGAAUCCUGUUAUCUUCUAUACGGAUAGUGAAGAAUUCGAGCAAAUAUUUUUAGAUCUCAGACAAAAUGUGACGUCAAAUACAAAAGUCAUCCGCGUAUCGCGUGAGAUAUUAUGGUCUUUUCAAAUUAAACCGAAAGUUGAACAAAUCUUCGCAAAUCCAAAAUACCCCAAACACAAGCCUUAUACAACUGUUCCAAAUUACACCUGUGUUACACAUUCAAAGUUUCCGAUCAUUGCUGAUGCUGCCAAAAGAAACAUUUAUACAUCUAAAUAUUUUGCAUGGGUAGAUAUCGGAUACUUCCGAGAAAUUGAAAACGCUACCAAUAAAUUUUGGUUGGAAGUUCCUUCAGAAUUCGACCAAACUAGAAUUGCCGCCACUCAAAUAUUUAACUCGAAACAUUCGGUAUCUGCUAAGACAGUUAUUAAACUUAGCAUGAAUUGGAUAGGCGCUGGCGUAUUUCUGGGCGAACGCGAUGUGUUUAUAAGAUUUGCAGAGCAAUAUAAACAGAGUGUGAUGCGUUUUUUAAACAAAGGACUUAUAAGCGUUGAGCAAUACAUGAUUGGCGCUAUGUAUUCCAAGGCUGAAAAAAUUGCGUAUCCUCAAAGAGUGGAGAUACAGGAUUUCAAACCUAUCAACGGACGAACCAAAACCACAGAUCCGUGGUUCUACCUCGGUUUCCUCAUGUACAAAGAAGUGAAGUAA